UCUCCCUCGCAGCCACCAUUACUUCAAGUACUGCAAGAUCUCGGCGCUGGCCCUGCUGAAGAUGGUGAUGCACGCCAGGUCCGGGGGCAACCUGGAGGUGAUGGGGCUCAUGCUGGGCAAGGUGGACGGCGAAACCAUGAUCAUCAUGGACAGCUUCGCCCUGCCGGUGGAGGGUACGGAGACUCGCGUCAACGCUCAGGCGGCCGCCUACGAGUACAUGGCAGCGUACAUUGAGAACGCAAAGCAGGUCGGUCGUCUAGAAAAUGCAAUUGGCUGGUAUCACAGUCACCCUGGCUACGGCUGCUGGCUUUCGGGGAUCGACGUCAGUACCCAGAUGCUUAAUCAGCAAUUCCAAGAACCUUUUGUAGCGGUGGUUAUCGAUCCAACAAGAACAAUAUCUGCAGGAAAAGUAAAUCUUGGAGCAUUUAGGACAUAUCCCAAGGGCUAUAAACCUCCAGAUGAAGGUCCCUCUGAAUACCAAACUAUUCCGCUUAAUAAAAUAGAAGACUUUGGUGUACAUUGUAAACAGUAUUAUGCUUUAGAAGUCUCAUACUUUAAAUCAUCUUUGGAUCGUAAAUUGCUUGAGCUUUUGUGGAACAAGUACUGGGUCAACACUCUCAGUUCUUCUAGUUUGCUUACUAAUGCUGACUACACCACUGGCCAGGUCUUUGAUUUGUCUGAAAAAUUAGAACAGUCAGAAGCUCAACUGGGAAGGGGCAGUUUCAUGCUGGGUUUAGAAACUCACGAUAAGAAAUCAGAAGACAAACUUGCAAAAGCAACAAGAGACAGCUGCAAGACCACCAUAGAAGCUAUACAUGGAUUGAUGUCUCAGGUGAUUAAGGAUAAACUUUUUAAUCAAAUUAAUAUAGCUUGAAGUGCAUCACCAGCUGAUAUGCAUCUCCAAAGCAGAAAAAGUCAUGGUUUCUUUUGCUUGGACUUGUUCAAUUUGGGAAAUGAAGCUGGAGUGGAAAAUUAUUCAUUUAAUUUGUAGUACUUUAAUAUUUCCCACCUGUCUGACCAGUUUUAAAGAACAAAAUGUUCUGAAAUGUAGUGCAACUUUUUGUUCUUUAUCAUAAAACACAACUAGUUUGGAGAAUUGUUCCAAAAGAAAAAUAAAUGUGACUUACUGGAUAUUGCUCUUAGGUAUUUAUCUCUAUUAUCCAACUGCAAUAAAGCAAUUUUGAAA